GUGGCCAUGGUGUUGGUCUUACUGAUUGCCAUCCCACUAUUAGUCCACAGCACAAAGCUGGGUGGUGUUGGAGGUGGAGUUGGAGGGACGCAUUACGAGAUGCUGGGGAGCUGUAAGAUGGUGUGUAAUUCUCUCACACCCAGUAACGAAUUCACGCCUGUUUCCCCGCCUCCACAUGAUAUCCCCACACGCAGGGCUGGGGGGAAAUCCAGUUUCCGUGGGAUUCCAGGCCUACCAGGACCCCCAGGACCACAAGGGCCCCCUGGAGAGCCAGGUAAACCAGGUCCUCCGGGUCCACCAGGUCCAGGCCCAGGAGGAUAUGUCCCGUCAUUCUACAGCCCUAAAAUAGCAUUUUAUGCUGGUCUGCGCAAACAGCAUGAGGGCAGCGAGGUCCUGAAGUUUGAUGAUGUGGUGACCAACGUGGGAAAUUAUUAUGAGCCCACAACAGGAAAGUUCACCUGUCCUUUACCCGGGAUCUACUUCUUCACUUACCAUGUCCUCAUGCGGGGAGGAGACGGGACCAGUAUGUGGGCAGACCUCAAGAAGAACGGACAGGUGCGGGCGAGCGCCAUUGCUCAGGACGCAGAUCAGAAUUACGACUAUGCCUCCAACAGCGUGAUCCUGCACUUAGACGUGGGGGACGAAGUGUGUGUGCAGCUGGAUGGAGGGAAAGUUCAUGGAGGAAACACCAACAAAUACAGCACCUUCAGCGGGUUUCUCAUCUACCCUGAUUAA